AUGCCAAAUAAAGGAAAUAAAACAGAAGCAACUCAACCUUCUAAAGACAACUUAAGAUGGUCUGAUGAGAUGGAUGAAGCUCUGCUAAAUGCGUUAGCAGAAGAAGCAUUGAAAGGUAAUAGACACGAUGGCUCGUGGACAACUAAAGCAUAUGCGAAUGUUGUGAAGACUUUGAGUAUAGCUAUAGGCCCGCACAUAACGAAGAACCACAUCAAGAAUAGAAUGAAGACACUGAAAGAUCAUUUUGCUGAAGCGUAUGACUUAUUUCAUCACUUAAGUGGAUUUGCAUGGAAUCCUGUAACUAGAAAGUUUGAAGCUGAAGAAGAAGUGUGGCAAGACUUUAUUAAGGAGAAACCUCAAGCAGAAAAAUGGAGAAAAAUGCAAAUUAAGCAUUAUGAUAUUUUGAAGGAGUUGUUCGGAGCUGAUAGAGCUACUGGUAAAGGGGCUACUACUUCACGAGAAAGGAUUCAACAACUUGAUAGAGAUCCCAUUGACUUGAAUGACUCUUUUGAAAAUGUUGGAUUUUCUGACAUAGAUGUGAAUACGGGACAUGAUAUCCCAACAUUUUCUGCUAAUUUAGAUUCACCAAGUGCUCCUCAUGGUCAGCCAAAUCAAUUAGAAGGGAAUUCAACUUCGAGAGGUACAAAGCGUAAGUCUCCUAUGAAUGAUUUUUUGGAGGCACAGUAUGAGAAAGUUGCUUUGGGAAUUACUACCAUGGCCAAUGCUGUAAAAGAGGGUAGUUAUCUGUCUAGCAAGCUACAUGACGUGGCUCAGAGGCAGGUUGAAUCAGCUGAGAGACAAGCUUCUGUGGCUGAGAGGCCUCGCAUUUACAGUGAAUCAGAUGUAUGGGAUAUGUUGACUGAAUUGGGUCUAGUAGGUUCAUUUCGGAUGCAAUGUUAUCAGUUUUUAUGUGAAAAUGAGCAAAAAAAGCGCCAAGUUUUUGGGAUCCCACCUGAAAUGCGACUGGAUGCACUUUUUCAUUUCAUGACUGCUGCUGGUGUUCGCUUAGGAGAUAUGGAAUCCUAA